CCACGCUCAUCCUCUCUCAGUCUCUCUCUUCCCCCUCCCCCUUCUCUCUCUUCUUUCUCUCUCAAAAACGACAACACAUGUAGCACAAAACCCUCCCUCCUGACCUCCUCAUCACAAGGUUCGAGGGCGAUCGAUCCGACGACCGCUCCUCUCUAGGCACCCCCGCCGAUCGGAGAUCCCUCGCCAUGGCGGCGGCGGCGGAGAUCUCGGCGAUGCUAAACCACCUCGCCGCCUCUGCGGAGCGGGACCCGCCGGCGCGCCGCCUCCGCUCGCCCACGGCACGCCCCGGGCUCGAGGCCCUUGCGGGGGCCCUCGCGGCCGGUCCGCCGACAGACCCAGCCGCCGCCCGCGCUGUCCUUUCUGCCGCCCGGGCCGUGGUGUCCGCAGUCCUACCCACCUCAGUGGAAGAAGUGGAGUCAAUAGCUGUGGAGAUUGUGGAGAGAUCUUUGGAAUUCUGUCUCUUGCAUCUAGAAAAAUCGUCAUAUGCGUGUGAUGACUUUAGCUUAGUGAAUGAAGUUGCCUGUUUUGUGGAAUUUAUUCUGCUUAAAGGUACUCACAAUAAGGCAUACUCAUUGGAACCCUGCGUUAUAAAUGACAUCAUUGAGCAGUGGACAUCUGUCCAAGUUGAAGCUGAGCGCUUGAGCCCACAAGAGAAAUAUUUCUGCUAUCUAAAAGGAUUCAACUGCUCGAAAAGUGGAGAUGAUCUUAAACGGUUUCGUUUAGCCUUAUUACCAGAAUACUUGCGGCAAGAUUACGUUAUUUCAGAGAAUACCCAAUCAUGCAGUGUGGUAUCUCCAAAUAGCAUGGUGCCAUUAGCGCAGCAUUUUGCAGCUGUUCAUUUAUGUUGUAUACCACGCCUUCUUACACUAGUGGGGAAGCUAUGCCAGUCUCCUGCUUUGGAAAUGGUUGAAGAUGUAAACAUUAACUUGAGGUUGUCUUUUACCCAAAGAAUUUUGAAGUUAGUCUGUGGUCUCACUAUGGAGUUUCCCCCUGAUGCUUCUGAUGCCAUGAUGUUAUCAUCAGUAGCAAGAUGUGCUGAUAGUCUUCCAGCCUUGUUCAGACUGAAGUUCAAGUUCUCAAAUCAUGACAGAGUCUUCUGUGUAGAUGGUGUUGGCACUAUCUUGCUGCAGAUACUUGAAGAAUUUCUACAGCUAAUGCAAAUUAUCGUUUGCAACAGUGAUAUCUGUUGUACAGUUCAAGUAUGCGUGCUUUCAUCCAUGCUGGAAAUCUUCAGUCCUAAUAUAUGGAGAUAUGAAAGAUCUGGUACUUGCUUGGUGCCUCCUUUAGCUUACUCUCCUCGUGUCGUUCAAUUUGUGCUGAAACUUCUUAAAGACACCAAACGAUGGACAAGGCGUGUUGACAGGGACAAACCUGACAAAGAUGCUUUCUAUUAUUCAUUCAAUCAUGAGUUAAAUGAUCUGUCUUGUCAUGUCCGUUCAGAGGAGGUACCAUUGCUGAAGAAAUAUACAUGUGAGGAGUAUCUACAAUUUAUCUUCCCUUCAGGAGAACAAUGGUUGAAUGGUUUAGUUCAUCUGACUUUUUUCCUCCACGAUGAAGGAGUGAAAUCAGUGACAAGUGAGAAGCCACAGCUGAGUUGCACAAAACAACCUAUUGUUUCAGAAUUGGAAUCUGUGGCUAGUCACGAGGAAGAAGCACUUUUUGGGAAUCUUUUUGCUGAAGUACGUCCUGCAGGAAUAACCGAAAGUGUUGAGCAGCCAACAUCUCUAGGGAGCGAUCUAUCAAACAGCCAGCAGGGGCCUAUUCAGUUAGCUGCCGACCUGAUAUGCUUUAUGAAAGCAUCCAUAUUCUCUCCAGAAUGGUCCAGGGCUAUAUACAUGGAUGCUUGCAGAAAAUUUAACACCUGUCACCUAGAUCAAUUUCUUUCAAUACUGAAGUGCCAAGCUUGUUUCCCUGACGAAAGCAGCACUGGAAAUACGAUGUCUUCUGAAAAUAAAUUACUGCACAUCAAUGCAGCUUGUUUUGAACUCCUACAAAUGUUUCUUGUUUGUGAUGAAUGUCCUGCUUCCUUAAGGGAAGACCUUGUGGAGAAAGUGUUUAAUGUUGACAAUGGGAAGUACACCUAUAACCACUAUGCACUUGCUUUAGUUGCGCAUGCUAUGACUUAUGCAGCAAACUCAGGAUUUAGUCUGGGAAGAAAGAUUUUUGUUCAGUAUGUUACUUAUCUUUUGGAGAAGGCAAAUGAUACAUCAUCCAGCUCAUUAAAUGUUAGUGAUUUCUGUGCAAGUCUCCCUUGUGCUUUUCAUCUUGAAAUUCUUUUGGCAACAUUUCAUUUAACGACAGAGUCAGAAAAGGCUGAUUUGGUCAAAAUUGUACUCUCUUCCCUAGAGAAAAUGAAAAAGCCUCCAUCUGGAGUAUCUGUGACUGGACUGACAAGAUGGGCAUUGCUCCUAUCAAGACUUUUGCUUGUUCUGCGACAUAUGUUGCUGUACCCGUUAACACAUCCAUCAUGGCUGUUUAUGAGGAUGAGAUCCAGAUUGAGGGAUAUCCAGUUGAAUCAGGGCCAGUCACAUUCCAUGAAUGAUUGCUUGCCAUCCCUUGCCACUGUUAUUGUGGAGGAAAUGCUUGAUGAUUCUGUCAAAAAGAGUGCUAUGGCCAGUGAUUUGCUCCCUCACUUAAUUGAUAUGACUCCAACUCAUGCUGACUCCUAUUUUGAUAAGGCUGCUGUUGAAACUUUGGGCUUGAGCUUGGCUGAUUUGGGUGCAACUAUGUCACAAAUCCUUAAUUCUUGGAAUGGUAGGAGCGCUGAAGUUGCUGAUGAUCUCAUUGUGGAAAGAUAUAUAUUUUUUAUUUGCUGGAAUACUCUAUCUGUUACAGGCUGUCACGGCAAUGGUUCUCUUCUGAAUGAUGAUUACUUGAAGCCUGAACUUGGCAAUGUCAACGUCUUCCUAGCAUUUGCUCUCAGUAUCAGCAAUGGUGCUUCAUCUCAUGCUGGUAUCGAUCUGCCUGCAUUAAUAUUUGAACUCCUAGAGUUGUUGCACUCUGAUAUUCUUGGUUCUAGUAAGCUGGAGAGUUGGGAUUUCCCAAGGAAAGGAGCUUGGCUUUCUUUUAUUCUCUCACUCAUUAAUGCGGAUCUUCAGAGGCAGCAGGUGCAGGUAGGUGCAGAAACUGAGGUGGAUUCACAUAGAAAACAUGAGGUUCAGGGUGAGGAGCUAUUUACUCAUGGAAAUAGUUUGUCUAUAUACCUAACCAAGAACAUUGGACGCUGUUUGGAUACCUUGUCUUCUCUUUUGGAGGUCUACCUUCAUACUUUUAAGAAAGCAUACCUGUCAUUUCUUUACAGUGGAAAGCCUUCCUUGGAUAAUUCUUACCCUUCCCUGCUGCUCAAGCAUUCUGUCUUUGACAAAUCCAAGCACCACCUUCUUUUUGAGAAAUCUGGUUCAUAUUUGGAAAUGCUGGAACCCAUAUACCAGCUUUCAUCAAGAAUAGAUGGAGUCACCACAAAGCUAGGUGAAGGUCAGGAAAAUUAUUUUUCCCUUAAGUGCUUGUUGCAUGGAUUUCCAUCAGCUUACCCUUCUAGCAACAGUGCCCUCCUUUCUUGCAUUCUGGUGAUAAAUGAGAUCAUGCAGACCUUUAAUGGUUAUACAAAGGUUGCGCUACCAGGAGACAGAGACAGAGUUGAUGAGGGUAUUAUUUCCAAACUGCUUAGUAUGGUGAUGGCUGUUAGAUCAGAUCAAACAUUCAAACCUAUUCAUGGAGAGUGUGAUAAUAUAUUUAUGAGUCUAAUUAACAACAGGGAUGAUCUUGCUAAGUACAGCGAUCUGUUUGUUCUGAAGCAGCUAGAAGGAUUCCUGGCUGACAUAAACUCGAAUGAGAGCAUGGAUAGCAGGAUGAAAGAGAUUUUAGUUUCUACAAUUGUUGAUCUAGUGGAAGACCUUAGAUCUAAAAGAGAGGUGUUUAAAUUCUUCCUUGGUGAUGAUGCAGAAGGAGCUCCUGAUGAAGCAAGCCGUAUUUUUGCAUCUGAGCAUGCUGAUAUGUCAGUCUUUCUUGAUGUUUUGGAUUGCAAAUCUGAGCAGGUUAAUUUGAAGAUUCUGCAUUUGUUGACUGAUAUAUUGCGCAAUGGUUGCUGUCCUGGUCUUAAGCAGAAGUUGCAAAACAAAUUUAUUGGAAUGGAUGUGCCCUGCUUUUCGUCAUGGUUAGAAUUUGUAAUAUUGGGACCUUCUGUAAAAGUUGAAAGCACAAAUGGCACUGCUGGUCCUGCAACCCGAGAACUAGCAGUGGAUUUUUUUACGAAUCUCAUCUGUCCUUCACCUGAAGCAGUGACCAAAGAACUUCAACAUCACCUAUUCAACUCUAUGCUACUGUUACUUGAUAGAGCAUUUUUGUCACAUGACCUCCAGACUGCUAAAGCAUAUUUCCAUUUUCUUGUUCAACUAUCAAGUGAGGAAUCACACUUCAAGCACUUGUUUGAAAAGACUCUGAUACUGAUGGAGACAAUGGUUGAGGACAAGGGUAAGCUGCACACUUUGAAGUUUCUGUUUUCUUUUGUGGAGGCAGUGUUCGGCGAUACUGGACUAAAUAGAAGUGCUCUUAAGAGACUUUCAUCAAAAACUUCUGGCAGCAGUUUUGGAUCAGGAUCUCUCAUCCCAAAGCAGUUGAAAAAUUCAGAAAACCUUGUUAUCCGCACGAAUCAAGUAAGUAAUCCUGCUGUAGAUUGUGAUGCUAGCUCUGGUGAGGAAGAUGAAGAUGAUGCUACUUCUGAUGGGGAAUUAGGGAGUAUUGAUAGAGAUGAGGAAGAUGACGGAGACAGUGAUAGAGCUCUAGCGUCAAAAGUGUGCACAUUUACAUCCAGUGGCAGUAAUUUCAUGGAACAGCAUUGGUACUUCUGCUAUACUUGUGACCUGACAGUUUCGAAAGGCUGCUGUUCUGUUUGUGCCAAGGUGUGUCAUCGAGGGCAUCGUGUUGUUUACUCUAGAUCAAGCCGUUUCUUCUGUGACUGUGGAGCUGGAGGUGUGAGAGGAAGCAGCUGUCAGUGUUUGAAACCUCGGAAAUUUACUGGCAGCUCAACUGUACCACCAGCAGCUAGCAGCUUCCACCCCAUACUAGCUUAUCAUGAGGAUGUGGAGCAGGUUGCAGAUAGCAGCUCUGAUUUUGAAGAUGAUAUCUCUACUGAUGCUGAUAGUUCCAUGAAGCUAUCUGUGCCUAAUGAAUUCAGCAGUGGGCUUCCUUUAUUUCUUAAAAAUCUGGAUAUUGAGGUUAAGGUGCUUGAAAUCUGCAAAAAAUUGCUGCCUGCUAUACUUGACCGAAGGGAGUUGAAUCUUUCAAAAGACAGAAAGGUUUUGUUGGGAGGUGAUGUGCUGGUGUCACAUUCCUCUGACAUCUUCCAACUAAAGAAAGCUUUUAAAAGUGGAUCACUUGACCUGAAGAUAAAAGCCGAUUAUCCAAACUCUAGGGAGCUUAAGUCACAUCUUGCUAAUGGUUCGCUUGCUAAAUUAUUGCUCAGUAUCAGCACUAGAGGUAAGCUUGCUGUUGGAGAAGGUGAUAAAGUUGCUAUAUUUGACGUGGGACAAAUUAUUGGACAGCCUACUGCAUCACCUAUUACAGCAGACAAAACCAAUGUGAAGCCCCUCUCCAGAAACAUUGUUCGCUUUGAAAUUGUCCAUUUAGUUUUCAAUCCGUUGGUGGACCAUUACCUUGCCGUUUCUGGAUAUGAGGACUGCCAAGUGCUAACAUUAAAUAGUCGUGGUGAAGUAACUGACCGCCUUGCCAUAGAACUUGCUCUGCAAGGAGCAUAUAUUCGACGUGUGGAGUGGGUUCCGGGUUCUCAAGUACAACUCAUGGUAGUAACAAAUUUGUUUGUGAAGAUAUAUGAUCUCUCACAAGACAACAUCAGCCCCAUGCAUUAUUUUACUGUAGCUGAUGAUAUAAUAGUUGAUGCGACCCUUGUCCCCUCCUCGAUGGGGAAAUUGGUGCUGCUUGUUCUUUCUGAAGGGGGCCUUUUGUAUAGGCUGAAUGUUACAUUGGAGGGUGAUGUUGGUGCAAAAAUAUUGGCUGAAACAGUCUUGGUCAAAGAUGCCGUAUCCAUGCAUAAAGGUUUGUCAUUGUACUUCUCAUCAACGUACAGGCUUCUAUUUGUAUCUCAUCAAGAUGGUACAACCUUCAUGGGCUGCUUGAAUGCUGAUUCUUCGUCGAUAACGGAAUUGUCAUAUAUAUGUGAGGAAGAUCAUGAUGGUAAAUCCAAGCCAGCCGGGCUCUACCGUUGGAGAGAGCUAUUAGCUGGCAGUGGAAUCCUUACCUGCCUAUCAAAAUCUAAAUCAAAUGCUCCUUUUGCGGUGUCGUUGGGUCCUCAUGAAUUGGUUGCACAAAAUAUGAGGCACAGUAUUGGUACAAAUUCCUCAGUGGUUGGUGUUGCUGCCUAUAAGCCUUUGUCUAAAGAUAAAACACAUUGCCUUAUUUUGUAUGAUGAUGGCAGCCUUCAUAUUUACUCUCAUACACCUAAUGGAGGUGAAAGUUCGACAAUCCUUGCAGCAGAGCAAACAAAGAAGUUGGGCAGCAGCAUCCUCAGCAGUAGAGCUUACACUGGCAUAAAACCAGAAUUUCCACUUGAUUUCUUUGAGAAGACAACUUGCAUUACAAGUGAUGUUAAAUAUAAUAGCGAAACAACCAAGAGUGGCGAUUCUGAAAGCAUUAAGCAAAGAUUGACAUCAGAUGAUGGGUAUUUAGAGAGUCUGACAUCUGCUGGCUUCAAGGUGACUAUUUCAAAUCCUAACCCAGAUAUAGUCAUGGUUGGUUGCCGGAUCCAUGUGGGCAAUACAUCUGCUAGCAACAUUCCUUCUGAGAUCACAAUUUUUCAUAGAGUCAUUAAGCUGGAUGAAGGCAUGAGAUCAUGGUAUGAUAUUCCAUUUACUACUGCUGAAUCACUUUUGGCAGAUGAAGAAUUCACAAUUUCUGUUGGGCGGACGUUCGACGGUUCAUCUAUACCUAGGAUAGAUUCUAUUGAAGUUUAUGGUCGAGCUAAAGAUGAAUUUGGAUGGAAAGAGAAAAUGGAUGCUGCGCUUGAUAUGGAAGCACUGGGUGGUAGUUCUACUGGUGGAAGAUCAGGAAAGAGACCCCAAAUUGUGCAGGCUGCUCCUAUCCAAGAGCAAGUUUUGGCAGAUGCCCUCAGGAUUCUCUCACGCAUAUACCUGCUAUGCCCACCAAGUUGCUUUACUGACAUGGCUGAUGCAGGCAUGGAACUUAAUAAUCUAAAAUGCAGAGCUUUAUUGGAAACCAUCUUUCAAAGUGACAGGGAACCUCUGCUACAUUCUGCUGCAUGCUGUGUCCUUCAGGCUGUGUUCCCAAAGAAGGACAUGUACUAUCAUGUUAAGGACAUGAUGCGCCUUCUAGGGGUAAUAAAAUCACUCCCAGCAAUUACUUCAAGAAUUGGAGUUGGAGGUGCUGCAUCUAGCUGGGUGAUAAAAGAAUUUAUAGCCCAGAUCCAUACAGUUUCCAAAGUUGCAUUACACAGGAAAUCAAACCUGGCCUCUUUUCUCGAAACUCAUGGUACAGAACUAGUUGAUGGUCUUAUGCAAGUUUUCUGGGGUAUAUUAGAUUUAGACAGACCAGAUACACAGACAAUAAAUAGUCUUGUUGUACCCUGUGUGGAAUUUAUUUAUAGCUAUGCUGAAUGCCUGGCUCUGCAUUCCAAUGAAAAUUCUGGAGUUUCAGUGGGACCUGCAGUUGCGCUACUGAAGAAGCUACUCUUUGCACCAUAUGAAGCAGUGCAGACUUCUAGCAGUUUAGCUAUUUCAUCCCGGUUUCUCCAAGUUCCUUUCCCGAAGCAGACAAUGAUAGCUAAUGAUGAUGCUCCUGAAAACCAUGCAAAACCGAGUGCAUCUGCUAUGGGUUCCAGCAGUGGAAAUGCUCAGGUUAUGAUUGAAGAAGAUCCUGCAUCAUCAUCAGUGCAAUACUGUUGUGAUGGCUGUUCCACUGUUCCAAUACUUAGGCGAAGGUGGCACUGUAACAUAUGUCCAGAUUUUGACCUAUGUGAAACUUGCUAUGAGAUACUUGAUGCAGAUCGCCUACCGGUACCGCAUUCAAAAGAUCAUCCCAUGUCAGCAAUACCAAUUGAACUUGAUACAUUUGGAGGCGAAGGCAAUGAAAUCCAUUUCUCUAUUGAUGAGCUAACAGAUUCUGGUGUUCUUCAUCCUCCUGCUGAUAGAAGUGUUCAGACCUCCCCAUCAUCGAUUCAUGUUUUCGAUGCAAGUGAGUCUGCAGACUUCCCUGAGACUAUUGCAGGCCAAACAACUGUUUCAAUUUCUGCAUCGAAACGUGCCAUUAAUUCCCUGCUACUUAGCCAUCUAAUUGAAGAGCUUAGAGGUUGGAUGGGGACCACAGCUGGUACUCGUGCCAUACCUUUAAUGCAGCUAUUCUACAGGCUUUCAUCUGCAGUUGGUGGUCCUUUCAUGGAUAGUUCAAAGCCAGAAAAUUUGGAUUUGGAAAAGUUUGUGAAGUGGCUCAUGGAUGAAAUCAACAUAAACAAACCAUUCCCUGCCAAAACGCGAUGCACUUUUGGAGAAGUUUCGAUCCUUGUUUUCAUGUUCUUCACACUUAUGUUCCGUAACUGGCAUCAGCCUGGGAGUGAUAGUUCUCAUUCAAAGUCAAGUGGGAGCUCAGAUUUGACAGAGAAAGGUCCUGUUCAGGUUCCGGCGUCAACCACAGUUGCUCUUCCAUCAUCCCGUGGUGACCAGGAUAAAAAUGAGUUUGCUUCUCAGUUAGUUCGUGCCUGUUCUGCCCUCAGGCAGCAGUCGUUUUUGAAUUAUCUUAUGGAUAUUCUGCAGCAACUUGUUCAUACUUUCAAGUCAUCAUCCAUAAAUGGAGAAGCUGGUUCUUCUGGUUCAGGCUGCGGAUCCCUAUUGACAGUAAGGAGAGAGCUACCAGCUGGAAACUUCUCUCCAUUUUUUUCAGAUUCAUAUGCUAAAUCUCAUCCAACUGAUCUGUUCACGGAUUACUACAAAUUGUUGUUGGAAAAUACUUUCCGGCUUGUAUAUAGCAUGGUUCGACCAGAAAAGGAGAAGUCUGCUGAGAAGGAUAGAAGCAACAAGGUUCCCAACACAAAGGAUCUAAAGUUGGAUGGAUAUCAAGACGUGCUUUGCAGUUAUAUUAGCAAUCCUCAUACUUCAUUUGUUCGGAGGUAUGCAAGGAGGCUCUUCCUUCAUUUAUGCGGCAGCAAGACUCACUAUUAUAGUGUGAGGGAUUCAUGGCAGUAUUCCCAUGAAGUCAAGAAACUUCAUAAAAUCGUAAACAAGUCUGGAGGUUUCCGAAAUCCUGUGCCUUAUGAGAGAAGUGUUAAGCUCAUAAAAUGUUUGUCUAUUCUUUGUGAUGUGGCUGCAGCAAGGCCAAAAAAUUGGCAAAAGUUCUGCUUGAAGCACAUGGAUCUUCUUCCAUUUCUCGUGGACAAUUUUUACCAUUUCAGUGAAGAGUGUAUUAUUCAGACUCUCAAGCUUCUAAAUUUGGCUUUCUAUUCAGGAAAAGAUGCCAAUCAUAAUGCGCAAAAACCAGAGUGUGCUGAUUUAGGAGGUUCUACAAGAACUAGCUCACAGUCUUCAGACUCGAAAAAGAAGCGGAAGGUCGAUGAUGGUUCUGAAGGUUCCUCAGAAAAAUCGUGCAUGGACAUGGAACAAGUUGUAGAAAUGUUCAAUGAUAAGGAAGGUGACUUGUUGAAGCGGUUUAUCGAUAUAUUCUUGCUAGAGUGGAAUUCAGCAGGUGUCCGCCAUGAAGCUAAAUGUGUUUUAUUUGGGGUGUGGUACCAUGCAAAAAACCCACUUAGGGAGACUAUGCUAACAAUUCUGCUGCAGAAGGUGACACAUCUUCCCAUGUAUGGACAAAAUAUUGUUGAGUACACUGACCUUAUGAUCAGUUUACUCGGGAAAGUGAAUGACUCCAGUGCAAAGCAGAAUGACUCUGAACUUGUGAAUAAGUGUUUGGCACCUGAGGUAAUAAGCUGCAUUUUUGACACGCUCCACUCUCAGAAUGAGCUAUUGGCAAAUCAUCCAAAUUCCCGUAUUUACAACACGCUGAGUUGCUUAGUGGAGUUUGAUGGCUAUUACUUAGAGAGUGAGCCUUGUGUUACCUGCAGCUGCCCAGAUGUUCCGUAUUCAAGGAUGAAGCUUGAAACCCUCAAGUCCGAGACCAAAUUUACUGACAACAGAAUAAUUAUAAAAUGCACUGGAAGCUUUACUAUACAGUCAGUUACAAUGAAUGUUUAUGAUGCUCGCAAGUCUAAGUCGGUGAAAGUACUCAAUUUGUAUUAUAAUAACAGGCCUGUGACUGACUUGUCAGAAUUGAAGAAUAAUUGGACUCUUUGGAAGCGUGCUAAGAGCUGCCAUCUUACAUUUAAUCAGACCGAAUUGAAGGUUGAAUUCCCCAUCCCAAUUACAGCGUGCAAUUUUAUGAUUGAGCUUGAUUCAUUUUAUGAAAAUCUUCAAGCUUCUUCUCUUGAGUCAUUGCAAUGCCCACGGUGUAGCAGGUCUGUCACUGAUAAGCAUGGCAUAUGUAGUAACUGCCAUGAAAAUGCAUACCAGUGCCGACAAUGUAGAAACAUUAACUAUGAAAAUCUUGACUCUUUCCUCUGCAAUGAGUGUGGAUACAGCAAAUAUGGUCGUUUUGAAUUCCACUUCAUGGCAAAACCCAGUUUUUCAUUUGACAACAUGGAAAAUGAUGAUGACAUGAGAAAAGGAUUGGCAGCAAUUGAGUCAGAGUCAGAAAAUGCACAUAGGCGGUACCAGCAACUGAUGGGAUUUAAAAAGCCUCUCAUUAAACUUGUGUCGAGCAUAGGUGAACAGGAGAUAGACUCGCAGCAGAAGGAUGCUGUCCAGCAGAUGAUGGUGUCCUUGCCUGGGCCAACAUGCAAGGUAAACCGCAAGAUUGCACUUCUUGGUGUUCUGUAUGGUGAAAAAUGCAAAGCAGCUUUUGAUUCUGUGAGCAAAAGUGUUCAGACAUUACAAGGGCUGCGUCGUGUUUUAAUGACAUAUCUUCACCAGAAAAGUUCUAGUGAUACCAAUGCAUUACCAGCUUUUUCAAUACCAAGGUCUCCAAGUAGUUGCUAUGGGUGUAGUACCACAUUUGUUACACAAUGCUUGGAGUUACUACAAGUGCUGUCCAAACAUGCAAACUGCAGGAAGCAACUUGUAAGUUCUGGAAUUUUAUCGGAGUUAUUUGAAAACAACAUUCAUCAGGGCCCUAGGACUGCACGCACUCUUGCUAGGGCUGUGCUAUCUUCUUUCUCUGAAAGUGAUGCAGAUGCAGUUCAGGAAUUGAACAGUUUGAUUCAGAAGAAGGUGAUGUAUUGUCUUGAGCACCAUCGUUCCAUGGACAUUGCACAAUCAACACGAGAAGAGUUACUGCUGCUAUCAGAGACCUGUGCCCUUGUAGAUGAGUUUUGGGAGGCAAGACUACGUGUCGCCUUUCAACUGUUGUUCUCUUCUAUUAAGGUUGGAGCAAAACAUCCUGCAAUUUCAGAACAUAUUAUUCUUCCUUGUUUGAGAAUAAUUUCUCAGGCUUGCACGCCUCCAAAAUCAGACGGGGAUAAGGAGUCAGGCUUGGGAAUAUCUAGCUUGGCACUGCAAUCUAAGAAUGAUGAUACAACUGGCAACACAACCACUAAUAACCCCAGUGCUAAGAUUCAACCAGAUAUAUCUGGAAAAGUUCAUGAUGGAAGUCAAAGAGGCCAGGACAUUCCACUUCUGAGCUACUCUGAAUGGGAGGGUGGUGCAUCAUAUUUAGAUUUUGUCCGGAGGCAGUACAAAGUAUCACAGGCAGUGAAAGGAUCUAUUCAGAAGACACGCCAUGAUUCACACAAGCCCGACUAUCUGGUUCUCAAAUAUGGACUCAGAUGGAAGCGUCGUGCGUGUCGGAAAUCAAGUAAGAGUGACUUCUCAAAAUUUGCCUUGGGUUCCUGGGUAUCAGACUUGAUUUUAAGUUCGUGUUCCCAGUCAAUAAGAUCCGAGAUAUGCACUCUCAUAAGCUUGCUAUGCCCAUCAAACUCUCCCAGACAGUUUCAGUUACUGAACUUGCUAAUGUCUUUACUUCCUCGAACACUCUCAGCUGGUGAAAGUGCAGCAGAGUACUUUGAGUUACUUGGGAUCAUGAUUGAUUCAGAGGCUUCACGUCUUUUCCUAACUGUUCGUGGUUGUUUGACAUCAUUAUGUUCUUUGAUAACAAAAGAAGUGUCCAAUGUUGAAUCACAGGAGAGAAGCCUAAGCAUUGAUAUAUCACAAGGGUUCAUUCUUCAUAAGCUUGUUGAGCUCCUGAACAAGUUUCUUGAAAUUCCCAAUAUCAGAGCAAGGUUCAUGAGUGAUAGGUUACUAUCCGAGGUCUUGGAAGCUUUUCUGGUGAUCCGUGGGCUUGUUGUGCAAAAGACAAAGUUAAUUAAUGACUGUAACCAUCUUUUGAAAGACCUUCUUGAUAGCUUGCUCCUUGAGAGUACUGAAAAUAAACGUCAAUUUAUUCGUGCUUGCAUCUCUGGAUUGCAGAAGCAUGUGAAGGAAAAAAAGAGACGGACAUCUUUGUUUAUAUUGGAGCAACUCUGCAAUCUGAUUUGUCCAGUGAAACCAGAGCCUGUUUAUCUUCUGAUACUGAACAAGGCACAUACACAAGAAGAGUUCAUCAGGGGUUCUAUGACAAAGAAUCCAUACUCCAGUGUGGAUGUUGGCCCUCUAAUGAGAGAUGUGAAAAACAAAAUAUGUAACCAGCUUGAUCUGAUUGGACUUUUGGAGGAUGAUUAUGGUAUGGAAUUAUUAGUUGGUGGAAACAUAAUCUCACUUGAUCUGAGCAUUUCCCAAGUCUAUGAGCAAGUAUGGAGGAAGCACCAUGGUCAAACUCAACAUUCUUUGUCAAAUGCCAACUCACUAACUGCUGCAUCAUCCAUUAGAGAUUGCCCGCCGAUGACAGUGACCUACAGACUGCAGGGUUUAGAUGGUGAAGCUACUGAGCCUAUGAUUAAAGAACUGGAAGAGGAAAGGGAGGAAUCACAGGAUCCUGAAAUUGAGUUUGCUAUAGCAGGUGCUGUUAGGGAAUGUGGAGGCCUUGAGAUUAUUUUGAGCAUGAUUCAGAGCCUGCGUGAUGAUGAGUUCAGAUCUAAUCAAGAAGAGUUGGCUUCUGUUCUUAACCUUCUAAAGUAUUGUUGCAAAAUCCGUGAAAAUAGAUGUGCCUUGUUACGUCUGGGUGCUUUGGGUUUGCUGCUUGACACAGCUAGGCGUGCAUUUUCUGCGGAUGCAAUGGAACCAGCUGAAGGUAUUCUACUAAUUGUAGAAAGUCUUACUAUGGAAGCUAAUGAGAGUGACAUAAGCAUCGCCCAAAGUGUUUUUACAACUACUAAUGAGGAGACUGGUGCUGGUGAGGAGGCAAGGAAAAUUGUUCUCAUGUUUUUGGAGAGAUUAUGUCAUCCUUCAGGUGCCAAAAAAUCCAACAAGCAACAAAGGAAUGAGGAGAUGGUGGCAAGGAUCCUGCCUUACUUGACCUAUGGGGAACCUGCAGCUAUGGAAGCUCUUAUUCAACAUUUUGAGCCCUACCUUAGGGAUUGGACUGAAUUUGAUCAGUUGCAGAAGCAACAUGAGGAGAAUCCAAAAGAUGAUAGUAUAAGCCGAAACGCGUCGACACAGCGAUCUGCCGUUGACAACUUUGUUCGCGUAUCAGAGUCACUUAAGACUAGUUCGUGUGGUGAGAGGCUAAAAGAGAUUAUUCUGGAGAAGGGCAUUACGAAAGCUGCUGUUGAGCAUGUGAAGCAAAGCUUUGCUUCUCCAGGACAGACUGGCUUUAGAACAAGUGCAGAAUGGACAUCUGGCUUGAAGCUACCAUCUAUUCCACCCAUUCUGUCAAUGUUGAAGGGGCUGGCCAAGGGCCAUCUGCCUACACAGAAGUGCAUUGAUGAAGAAGGCAUAUUACAACUGCUUCACGCUUUGGAAGGGGUGCCUGGUGAAAAUGAAAUUGGUGCAAGAGCAGAAAAUCUUUUGGAUACGCUGGCCAACAAAGAAAAUAAUGGAGACGGCUUCCUAGGAGAGAAAAUUCAAGAGCUGCGACAUGCUACAAGGGAUGAGAUGCGUCGCCGUGCUCUUAAGAAAAGAGAGAUGCUACUUCAGGGAAUGGGAAUGCGACAAGAAUUUUCUUCCGAUGGAGGUAGACGCAUUGUUGUGUCUCAGCCCACAAUUGAAGGUUUGGAUGAUGUGGAAGAAGAGGAGGAUGGUUUAGCAUGUAUGGUUUGUAGAGAAGGGUAUACUUUAAGGCCAACAGACAUGUUGGGAGUCUAUGCAUUCAGUAAACGAGUGAACUUAGGUGCAACAAGUGCUGGUAGUGGCCGUGGGGACUGUGUUUACACCACUGUUAGCCACUUCAAUAUCAUACACUACCAAUGCCAUCAGGAAGCUAAACGAGCUGAUGCUGCACUGAAGACUCCUAAAAGGGAAUGGGAUGGUGCUACCUUGCGAAACAAUGAGACAUUGUGCAAUUGUAUCUUUCCAUUGAGGGGGCCAUCUGUUCCUCUUGGGCAGUACACUAGGUGUGUUGAUCAGUACUGGGACCAAUUGAAUUCUCUUGGACGAGCAGAUGGGAGUCGUCUCCGAUUAUUGACAUAUGACAUUGUGCUGAUGCUUGCGAGGUUUGCAACAGGCGCUUCUUUCAGUACGGAUUGCAAAGGUGGGGGCAGGGAAAGCAACUCGCGAUUUCUUCCAUUCAUGGUCCAGAUGGCUUCGCAUCUUGCAGAUGGAAGUGCCAACCAGCAGCGUCAUGCUAUGGCCAAGGCUGUCACCACGUACCUGUCCAGCUCUCCAUCAACACCGGAAUCUCCUAUUCGGCUUUCAGCAUCCAUCUCUGGGCCCCGUGGUAGUUCAGGUUCCUCCGAGGAGACUGUACAGUUCAUGAUGGUUUAUUCCCUUCUGUCAGAGUCAUACGAGAGCUGGCUCCAGCACCGACCAGCAUUCCUGCAGAGGGGCAUCUACCAUGCAUACAUGCAACAUAAGCAUGGGCGAUCAACCCUCAAGAUGUCUUCUGACUCAUCCUCCUCGGCAGUUCGGUCAGAUGAAGGUUCAUCCUCUGAUAUGAGUGAGAACAAGAAGCUAUUUACCAUCGUCCAGCCAAUGCUGGUGUACACUGGCUUAAUUGAUCAGCUGCAACAGUUCUUCAAGAAGGGCAAAUCAUCCGGCAUGGGCAAGUCAGGUGAGAGAGAAGAGUCUGGUGGUAGCCUCGAGAAAUGGGAGAUCCAAAUGAAUGAGAAGCUGAGCAAUAUGAAGGAGAUGGUGGGGCUAUCCAAGGACCUGCUCUCCUGGCUGGAAGACAUGACCUCGUCUGAUGAUCUGCAGGAGGCCUUUGAUGUCAUGGGAGCGUUGACGGAUGUAUUCUCGAGUGGUCAUGCGACAUGCGAAGAUUUUGUCCGGGCGGCCAUACAUGCCGGCAGGAGCUGAGCAUUAAGAACGGAAUGGUUCCUCGGUGUGUUGUGUGUUGAUAUAUGUGCCAUGUGCCUAGCUGUUUUGUAUGAGUAAGCAGCUAUAAACAUUAUAGCCUUGUUAGAUCAACUGGUUCAGAACUGUACUUCUAUUUCUUGGUCUCGGCCAUUCUCGUCAUGCUAGCUCCAUUCAGCCCCGAUGUUUCCGGUUGCAGCAACUUGGCAUCCUUUGCCGUAUUGUUAAUCUGACACUGGCUCACGUUACGGUUGACUCUUUU